AUGACGAUGACGCUUCCCAGCGAGAACGGCGACUCGACCACAUCCCAGCGGCGCCAGUUUGCGACGCAGGCUGUCCACGCUGGAGCGCCUCACGAUCCUACUACAGGAGCUGUCAUUGCACCUAUAUCCUUGUCCACAACAUUUGCCCAGGAAAGCGUUGGAAAGCCUGUAGGGCUGUAUGAGUACACCCGAAGCUCGAACCCCAACCGAGACAAUUUUGAAGAGGCCGUGGCUGCUCUCGAACAUGCGAAAUAUGCCCUAGCUUUCUCCUCCGGAUCUGCGACGACGGCUACGAUCCUCCACUCCUUAGCUCCAGGCUCGCAUGUCGUUUCCGUCUCAGAUGUUUAUGGAGGAACACACAGAUAUUUUACCAAGGUCGCCUCGGCACACGGCGUCAGCGUGUCCUUUUCUUCAUCUUUGGAAGUGGAUGUGGAAAAGCUGAUCCGGCCAAACGAGACCAAAUUGGUCUGGAUUGAGACCCCGUCGAACCCUACCUUGUCCCUGGUCGAUAUCAGCAAAGUCGCCGCGACAGCACAUCGCCAUGGAGUUUUGGUCGUGGUUGAUAACACGUUCAUGAGCCCAUACGUUCAGAAUCCUCUGGACCACGGCGCGGAUGUCGUGAUCCACUCCGUCACGAAGUACAUUAACGGCCAUUCCGACGUUUUGAUGGGCGUUGCAGCCUUCAACUCGGACGAAUUGAAAGAGCGCUUCACUUUCCUCCAGAAUGCCAUCGGAGCUGUGCCAUCUCCCUUUGACUGCUGGCUGGCUCACCGUGGUCUCAAAACCCUGCAUCUACGUGCCCGAGAAGCUACCACAAACGCUACCGCUGUCGCUCUGGCGCUCGAGUCCUCGCCUCAUGUCAUCUCUGUGAACUAUCCCGGUCUCAUUUCCCACCCGAACCGUGAAAUCGCCGUUAAGCAACAUCGCAAGGGAAUGGGUGGUGGUAUGCUGAGUUUCCGGAUUCGGGGAGGCCAGAAGGCUGCCCACCUCUUCUGCGAAUACACUAAUAUCUUCACACUUGCAGAGAGCUUAGGAGGAAUUGAGAGUCUUUGCGAGGUGCCUUCCAGCAUGACCCACGCCGGAAUUCCCAAGGAAGAGCGUGAAGCUGCCGGUGUUUUCGAUGACCUAGUCCGCAUGAGCUGCGGAAUUGAGGAUGUGGAAGAUCUCACAGCCGAUACACUGCAGGCUCUUGAAAGGGCUGUGGCUGCGGCGGAGAAUGGAAGUGCUUAA